UUUUGUAGUUUUGUUAUCAGUAAUUUUAAUUUUUCAACGAGUGAAGACUGAAGACAACCAAGAAUUGAAGACUAAAAAUAUUAAAAUGUGACAUGUCACAUGUCAACUUAUGGACCAAAGACUUUUGACUGUUGUAACUUGUAGUAAUAUACUAUUAUAGUUAUAAUUGUAUACCACCUGCUGAAGUUGCAUUAACAAGUGAUCUUUUUUUGGCUACUGCCCCUCAUCAGUGAUUAAUAUUUAAUAGUCAUUAAUAAGUAACCUUUCAAAAAUUGAUUGUUGCAUUAUAUUAUAGUAAUAUAGUUACUACCUUAUUUAAUACAAAGUGAUAAAGAACAUAAAUAUUUAACAGAAUUGCAAUUUAUACUUUAUAGUGUACUAGUUUUAAUCUUUGUUUCUUCUGUACCACAAUGUUUUUCUGUUGACAAUAGUUUUAAUUUUUUUCCAAAACAAAAUGUCUUUAAAAAGUGUUCUAAAAAAGAAAUUUAAAAUAAAAAAUCCAAUUGUUGCAAUGAAGAAAAAAAAGAAUAAAUCCAAGCAUGUUACUCCGUCAGCAGACACUUACAUUAAAACUGAUGCAGAUGAUAUUUGCAAAGAACCUUCCAUAACUGACAAAGAGCAAAACCAACACACAGCUCCUGAAAAUCUAUUUAUUGGGGAGAAUGGUGAUGAAAAAAAUAUGAAUAAUGAUGAGUCAAUAAAGUCAACCACUGAAAUAAAACGUAAUAAGAAAAAACGCAAAUCUACAGAUAAUGAUAAAAGUCUUGAAUAUGAAGUACCUAUAAAGAAGAGAGUAACUUUUGCAGCUGAUGUAAAAAGUGAAAAAGAUGAUCAGAAAAGUAGUGCUAGCAAUUUGAAACUCAUUAGCUUAAACAAACGAAAAAAAUUGAAUUAUAUAAAGAAGCUGAAGUCAAAAAAAAAUAAACAAAAAAAUGCAAAAAAAUGUGAAGAAAAUGCUACUGCUAUUAGUACACCCAGACAAGAACGAGCCGUGGAGUAUUUGAUGCAAUGGAAAAAUGACCGUACAAAUUGGAAGUUCAAAAAAAUUUAUCAACUUUGGUUGAUUAAAAACACUUAUGACCACCUGAAGGUAUCUAAAGAACAUUUUGACACUUUAGUAGAAUACCUUCAAACUAUCGAAGGUAAGAGUCGCAGUAUAAUUCUUCAAAACGCUAAUACAGUUGUCUCAGAAUUUUCAUCUUCCAAUGAAGGGCAACAGGAAUUAAAUUCAUCGCAAGAAGUUAAAUAUCAACGAGCAAGGACCAUUAUUCAAAUGUUUGACUGAUACAUUUAAUCAUAUUUAUUUUUUUUGAAUAAACAACAUUAAAACCAUAAA